AUGGGCUCGCGUUCAUUAACAAACAAUAUCUUGCCUGGAUCUGAAGGAUGUAUGGAUGAAUGUACAGGAUGGUAUCAUUCUCCUGAAGAUAUUUCUAUUAAGAAGAUUAUUUCUAUGGGAGGUGUGCUUCUGCAGAUGUCCAAUCAUGUCUUGGCAAAUGGAUUGGUUAGAUGUGAUCUAAAAAAAGCUCCUAUAUGUAACAGAAAAAUGCAUAUGGUUGAAAAUGCCGGUUGUUUCUAUGAUUAUAAAGAUAUUACGACUUAUAGUGAGCAUGUUUUACAAACACGAAUAAUGCAAGUAUGGUAUCCAGACAUAAAAUUAAACCUAUUACCAUUUCCAGAAACGUUUGAUGCAACAGUAUUGUCUUCAAACAUUAUAAAUGGCUGUGAAGAUACCUCAGUUGUUUGUCAUGAUUUUCAACCAUUAAACAGUUGUUCACCAUUUUUUGUUUGUCAUUCAAAAAAUGGAACGAAAGCAUACGAAGUUAUAAUUGCUAAUAAACUAGUUCCCACCGGUGUAAAAAUGAUUUCUUUAUGCCAUUAUCAAACAAGUGAAUUUGAUCCUAAUCAUAUAGCCUGGAAAGUUUUACACAAACAACCUGGCGAUCCUGUAUGCCAUUUUACGCCUCUUGAUAGCUUUUUAUUAUGUAAAAAGGUUUAA